GUUCAAGAAUUCGGCAGUUUUUUGCAGUCUGCCGAAAAGCUUUCAAGCAAAGAUGGGAAAGAACAGAAGGCUUAAGGACGGCGCCGAUAAGGGAGCCGCCGCCGGCGACCACUGCCCUUCCAAAGUCUUUGUCAAGAACUUGCCGUACUCCUUCACCAAUUCACAGCUCGAAGAAACAUUCAGUGAUGUUGGACCGGUCCGGCGGUGCUUCAUGGUUACCCAAAAGGGUUCAACCGAGCAUCGUGGUUUUGGAUUCGUGCAGUUUGCUGUAGCAGAAGAUGCAAAUCGAGCAAUUCAGCUGAAAAAUGGGCUUUCUUUUGAAGGACGCAAAAUUACUGUCAAACAUGCUAUGCAUCGAGCUCCCCUUGAGCAGCGGCGGUCGAAAGAAAAUCAAGUUGCUGCAUCUACGCUAGAAGCCAAUGUGGAAGGAGAUACUUCUGAAAUGGAAGAACAACCGACUAACAAGGAUAGAGGAACUUCUAAAAGGGAUGAACAACCAAUUGACAAGGAACGAGAUACUUCUAAAAGGGCAGAACAAACAAUUUCAAAUUCUGAGGGGAAAGAGAGACAUUUGAGUGCUCGAAAAUUAGCUUCACUUUCUAGUUAUCUAGAGGAUAAAAAGGGUCAUUCAGGAAAGCAAAGGAUUGCACGGACUGUUGUCAUUGGCGGUCUUCUUGAUGGUGAUAUGGCUGAAGAUGUUCACCGCCAAGUGAAAGAUGCUGGUGGCGUAUGCUCAAUUGUCUAUCCUCUUCCCAGAAAAGAAGUUGAACAACAUGGUAUUUUACGAGAUGGAUGCAAAAUGGAUGUUUCUGCCGUACUUUUUGAUAGUGUGAAGUCUGCACGUGCUGCUGUUACUAUAUUACACCAGAAAGAGAUGAAAGGAGGUGUUGUAUGGGCCCGUCAACUGGGUGGGGAGGGGUCCAAAACUCAGAAAUGGAAAGUUAUUGUUAGAAAUCUUCCAUUUAAGGCCAAGGAGAAAGAAAUAAAGAAUACCUUUUCAUCUGCGGGAUUUGUGUGGGAUGUGAUGAUGCCACAAAAUUCAGACACUGGAUUAUCGAAGGGGUUCGCGUUUAUCAAAUUUACAUGCAAGCAGGAUGCUGAGAGUGCUAUUCAAAAGUUCAAUGGUAAAAAAUUUGGUCAAAGGACGAUAGCUGUGGACUGGGCUGUUCCAAAGAAGAUAUAUAGUUCUGGUGGUGGUGCUAAUGCUCCAGUUGAUUCAGAUGACGAGGAUCAGACUGAAAGAGACAGAGAAAGUAGCAUUAGUGGUGGUGAUUUCGAAGAUGAAAACACUGCUGGUCAUCACGAAUCUGAAAGUUCUUUAGAGGAUUCGGAGAAAGAGGAUAUUUCCUCGGAGGUUGAUUUUGAAGGAGAAGCAGAAAUUGCAAGAAAAGUUCUUGAAACUCUAAUUUCAUCUUCGGCUAAAGAGGCUCUUCCUUCUCUCAUUGAUGGUAACCCAGCAUCUAAAGUGAACAAGGAUCCAGAUUUUGAUUCAUCGAAGAAAUCAUCUGAUAUGUCUGAUAAAGUAUCAAAUGAACAUGGAAAGUUAAGUGAAAGCAAGACAUCUAUUCUUAAGCAAACAGAUGAAGAUGAUUUGAAGAGAACGGUUUAUAUAGGCAAUCUUCCUUUUGAUAUUGAUAAUGAAGAAGUGAAACAGCGGUUUUCUGGAUUUGGUGAAGUAUUAUCCUUUGUGCCAGUUCUUCAUCAAGUUACAAAGCGACCUAAAGGCACUGGUUUUCUCAAGUUUAAAACCACAGAUGCUGCUAAUGCUGCUGUUUCUUCUGCAAAUGCUGCAUCUGGUGUGGGAAUAUUUCUGAAAGGCAGACAACUGAAAGUAUUGAAUGCCUUGGAUAAGAAAUCAGCUCAUGACAAGGAAUUGGAGAAGUCAAAAAAUGACAAUCAUGACCAUCGGAAUCUUUACCUCGCACAGGAAGGUCUUAUUCUUGAGGGAACUCCAGCUGCUGAAGGAGUUUCUGCUAGCGACAUGGAGAAACGUCAGAGACUGGAAAAGAAAAGAACAACCAAGCUUCAAUCUCCAAAUUUUCAUGUUUCAAGGACUAGGCUCGUUAUACAUAAUUUACCAAAAUCAAUGAAAGAAAAAGAACUUCACAAACUUUGCAUUGAAGCUGUUACCUCUCGAGCUACAAAGCAAAAACCCGUCAUUCGCCAGAUUAAAUUCUUAAAGGAUGUUAAGAAAGGAAAGAUGCUGACAAAAAAUCACUCAUGUGGAGUCGCUUUUGUCGAGUUUUCUGAGCAUGAGCAUGCCCUUGUAGCCUUGCGAGUUCUCAACAACAAUCCAGAAACUUUUGGCCCUAUAAAUCGCCCAAUCGUGGAGUUUGCUAUUGACAACGUUCAAACAUUGAAGCUGCGAAAAGCCAAGUUACAAGCUUGGUCGCAGGACAAUAGUACCGCCAAUGUUCCCAAAGCAAGGCUGAGAAAUGAUGGUUCUGAUACAAAAGCUAGGGAUGUCCAUUCAAACAAGAACAAUUCCAGAAAAAGGAAAGCAAUAGAUGAUAAUCAUCUGGUGAAGGCACAGAAUCAUAUCGAAGAUGAAAAUGACAAUCAUGUAUCCAAUGAUGUGAUGCAAGAAAGUAGAGCCAGAAAAAAGAGGAAAACACGUCCAGAUAUUGGAAAUACAAACGAGUCACAGAAACAAAAACCAGAAGGACGAAGAUUGAUACCUCAAAAAUCAAGCAAGAGACCGGCAUCCAUGGAUUCUGAAAAAAUAGAAGUUUCCCAGGAAGCUGAUGCACAACAAAAAAAGAAGGUAAAACAUCAAAUAGAGCAGCAGCAGAGGAAGAGGCCAAUGAAAAACAAGGAACCAAUAGGACGGGAUAUUGUAGAUAAACUCGACGUGCUUAUCGAACAAUAUCAGUCCAAGUUUUUGCAGCAAAGGUCAGACCGAACGGAUAGUGAAAAGAAAGGGUCUAAACAGGUUAGAAGAUGGUUCCAAUCAUAAAUUAAAGUUUUGGCAGCCUAGGAUUGUUUCUUUGACCCUCUAUAUUACAGUUUUUGUUUGUUUUCUGUUGUUUCUGAAAUCCGUACGGGCAAGAUGGAUGAAGGUUAAUUGCAUAGGAAGUGUAACAUAUAGUCUUUGAGUUACAUUUUUGUAUUGAAAUAUUUAACUGUUCUUUAAAGGUUAAAAACUAUUGUCUCAGUAA